CACUGGCGCGUCUCGUGUGGGUUUGAAUGUGGUGUUUACGUGCGUGUGUAACUGGAUUAAAAUUAACAAAAAGCACCUCUUCAGUAGCCACAAUCAAACCUGAAAGUAUUUUACGACGGUUAAACUGCUGCCGUUUACUGUCUGUGGACGUGACUCGCACAGGAUCGAGAUACAUGUCAACCGAGCCCAAGAGGAUCCGCACCGACAACAUGACCGGUAAAAAGAUCGGGACUCACAACGGUACCUUCCACUGCGACGAGGUUCUGGCCUGUUUCUUCCUCCGCCAGUUACCGGAGUACACGGAUGCUGAGAUCAUCCGGACCAGGGACCCGGCACAGCUGGCAGAAUGUGACAUUGUUGUCGACGUGGGAGGAGAGUUCGACCCAAAGAAGCACCGCUAUGACCAUCAUCAGAGGACUUUUGCAGACACUUUCCACAGCCUGUGUCCAGAGAAGCCAUGGGUGACCAAACUCAGCUCUGCCGGCCUGGUCUACCUACACUUUGGCCGUCGACUGCUGACCCAGCUGACGCAACUCAAGGAGGAUGAUAGGCAGCUUGAGGUUCUCUAUGACAAGCUGUAUGAGAACUUUGUGGAGGAGGUGGAUGCUGUUGACAAUGGAAUCUCACAGUGUGAAGGGGAGGCCCGCUACACUGUCUCUACCACGCUGAGCGCACGUGUCGGGCACCUGAAUCCAUGUUGGAACAGCAAGAGUCAAGAUACUGAGGAGGGUUUCAGAAAGGCUCUGAAGAUUGUUGGGGAGGAGUUCCUCGACCGUCUGGAUUUCUAUAAGUCCUCCUGGCUGCCGGCUCGAGUGGUCGUGGAGGAAGCUGUUAAGGAGAGACAUCAGAUAGAUCCCAGUGGGGAGGUGCUGUUGUUCUCCCAGGGUGGGUGUCCCUGGAAGGAGCAUUUGUUUGCUCUGGAGACGGACCUCCAGGUGGAGACGCCCAUCAAGUUUGUCCUUUACCCAGACCAAAAUGGACAGUGGAGGGUCCAGUGUGUCCCUGCUGGGCUCAACACCUUCCAGAACAGGCUGUCCCUGCCAGAAGAGUGGCGCGGUGUACGCGAUGAAGCACUGUCAGAGCUCAGUGGGAUUAAGGACUGCAUCUUCGUCCAUGCUAGCGGCUUUAUUGGCGGGAACAAGACCCAGGAAGGAGCCCUGGAGAUGGCCCGGAGGACCCUGCAGGGCGCUGCCCAGUCCCCCGCCAACGGCAGCAGCUGACUGGUUGGAGAGGACAGCGAGUAGCACAUUAUGUUUUCUGGCCCAGUGUUUAGAGAGAAUAGCAAGAAUUCAAAUUUUAGUUUGAUAUUAUGCAGCUCAUAUGUCCCACCCAGGGCUGAUGUUGUGUAGUUCAGCCAUGCCAGAGUGGGGAUGAUAUGGAAAUGGCAGCCAAAUGACAUCAGACCAGUUCCUAAAUGCUGUCAUGCCAACACAGACUCACUCUGGACCGUAAUGUUGACUCAUGCUAUUCUUCUUUUCUCUACCUGUUCUCAUAAAUGUGUAUCUAUCUUGGUUUUCACUUCCAAUAAAAGACAGUUUGGAUUA